UCGAACAGCCAUGGAGUCUCUCCUGCUACCCGUGCUACUGCUGUUGGCUGUACUGUGGACGCAAGCGGCCGCCCUCAUUAACCUAAAGUAUUCAGUGGAAGAGGAACAGCGCGCCGGGACAGUGAUAGCUAACGUGGCCAAGGACGCGCGGGAGGCAGGCUUCGCCCUGGACCCCCGGCAGGCCUCUGCCUUCAGAGUGGUGUCCAACUCGGCUCCACACUUGGUGGACAUCAACCCCAGCUCCGGGCUGCUGGUCACCAAGCAGAAGAUCGACCGGGACCUCCUGUGCCGCCAGAGUCCAAAAUGCAUCAUCUCGCUGGAGGUCAUGUCCAGUUCAAUGGAGAUCUGUGUGAUUAAGGUGGAGAUCAAAGACCUGAACGACAAUGCACCUAGUUUUCCGGCUGCACAGAUUGAGUUGGAGAUCUCCGAGGCUGCCAGCCCUGGCACGCGUAUCCCGCUGGACAGCGCCUAUGAUCCUGACUCAGGAAGCUUUGGAGUGCAGACCUAUGAGCUCACGCCCAAUGAGCUGUUUGGUCUGGAGAUCAAGACACGGGGCGACGGAUCUCGCUUUGCUGAACUAGUGGUGGAGAAGAGCCUAGACCGCGAGACACAGUCGCACUACAGCUUUCGUAUCACUGCUCUCGAUGGCGGGGACCCUCCGCAUAUGGGCACUGUUGGCCUCAGCAUCAAGGUGACUGACUCCAAUGACAACAACCCCGUGUUUGGUGAGUCUACCUAUGCUGUGAGCGUGCCUGAAAACUCGCCUCCCAACACACCGGUCAUCCGCCUCAAUGCCAGUGACCCAGACGAGGGCACUAAUGGUCAGGUUGUUUACUCUUUCUAUGGCUAUGUCAACGACAGAACGCGUGAGCUCUUCCAGAUCGACCCGCACAGUGGCCUGGUUACUGUUACUGGUGACUUAGACUACGAAGAGGGCCACGUGUAUGAACUGGACGUGCAGGCCAAGGACUUGGGACCCAACUCUAUACCAGCACACUGCAAGGUCACUGUCAGUGUGCUGGACACCAAUGACAACCCACCAGUUAUCAACCUGCUGUCUGUCAAUAGUGAGCUUGUGGAGGUGAGCGAGAGCGCCCCCCCGGGCUACGUGAUUGCCCUGGUUCGUGUGUCUGAUCGCGACUCUGGCCUCAAUGGACGUGUGCAGUGCCGUUUGCUAGGCAGUGUACCCUUUCGGCUGCAGGAGUAUGAAAGUUUUUCCACUAUCCUGGUGGAUGGACGGCUGGAUCGAGAGCAGCACGACCAAUAUAACCUUACCAUUCAGGCGCGUGAUGGUGGCGUGCCCAUGCUGCAAAGUGCCAAGUCCUUUACUGUGCGCAUCACUGAUGAGAACGACAACCACCCACACUUCUCUAAGCCCUACUACCAGGUCAUUGUGCAGGAGAACAAUACUCCUGGCGCCUACUUGCUCUCCGUGUCAGCCCGUGACCCGGACCUUGGUCUCAAUGGUAGUGUCUCCUACCAGAUAGUGCCAUCUCAGGUUCGGGACAUGCCUGUUUUCACCUAUGUCUCCAUCAAUCCCAACUCCGGUGAUAUCUAUGCGCUUCGAUCUUUCAACCACGAGCAGACCAAGGCAUUCGAAUUCAAAGUGCUGGCUAAGGAUGGGGGUCUUCCUUCCCUGCAAAGCAAUGCCACAGUGCGGGUCAUCAUCCUCGACGUCAAUGACAAUACCCCUGUCAUCACUGCCCCACCUCUGAUUAAUGGCACUGCCGAGGUCUACAUCCCCCGAAACGCAGGCAUAGGCUACCUGGUGACGGUUGUCAAGGCAGAGGACUAUGACGAGGGGGAGAACGGCCGGGUCACCUAUGACAUGACUGAGGGGGACCGCGGCUUUUUUGAAAUAGAUCAGGACAAUGGGGAAGUCAGAACCACGCGAACCUUCGGAGAGAGUUCCAAGGCUUCCUAUGAGCUUAUCGUGGUGGCCCACGACCAUGGCAAAAUGUCUCUCUCUGCCUCUGCACUGGUCCUAAUCUACCUAUCUCCGGCUCUUGAUGCCCAAGAAUCAAUGGGCUCGGUGAACCUAUCCCUGAUUUUCAUUAUCGCCCUGGGCUCCAUUGCGGGCAUACUCUUUGUUACUAUGAUCUUCGUGGCAAUCAAGUGCAAGCGAGACAACAAAGAGAUCCGAACCUACAACUGCAGUAAUUGUUUAACCAUCACUUGUCUCCUCGGCUGUUUUAUAAAAGGACAAAACAGCAAGUGUCUGCAUUGCACCUCGGUUUCUCCCAUUAGCGAGGAGCAAGACAAAAAGGCAGAGGAGAAAGUGAGCCUAAGGGGAAAGAGAAUCGCUGAGUACUCCUAUGGGCAUCAAAAGAAAUCAAGUAAGAAGAAAAAAAUCAGUAAGAAUGAUAUCCGCCUGGUACCCCGAGAUGUGGAAGAGACAGACAAAAUGAAUGUUGUCAGUUGCUCCUCCCUGACCUCCUCCCUCAACUAUUUCGACUAUCACCAGCAGACACUGCCUCUGGGUUGCCGCCGCUCAGAGAGCACUUUCCUGAACGUGGAGAACCAGAAUACCCGAAAUACCAGUGCCAACCACAUCUACCAUCACUCUUUCAACAGCCAGGGCCCCCAGCAGCCAGAUCUAAUCAUCAAUGGUGUGCCUCUGCCUGAGACUGAAAAUUAUUCUUUUGACUCCAACUACGUAAACAGCCGAGCCCAUUUAAUUAAAAGCAGCUCUACCUUCAAAGACCUUGAAGGAAACAGCCUGAAGGAUAGUGGACAUGAGGAGAGUGACCAGACUGACAGUGAACAUGAUGUCCAGAGGAGCCUGUAUUGCGAUACUGCUGUUAACGAUGUGCUGAAUACCAGUGUAACCUCCAUGGGAUCUCAGAUGCCCGAUCAUGAUCAGAAUGAAGGAUUUCAUUGCAGGGAAGAAUGCCGGAUUCUUGGUCACUCUGACAGGUGCUGGAUGCCCCGGAACCCCAUGCCCACCCGUUCCAAGUCCCCUGAGCAUGUGAGGAACAUCAUUGCGCUGUCCAUUGAAGCUACUGCUGCCGAUGUUGAGGCUUACGACGACUGCGGCCCCACCAAACGUACUUUUGCAACCUUUGGAAAAGAUGUCAGUGAUCAGCCAGCUGAGGAGAGGCCCACCCUGAAAAGCAAGAGGACUGUUGAUGUGACCAUCUGCAGCCCCAAGAUCAACAGUGCUAUCCGGGAGGCGGGCAAUGGUUGUGAGGCUAUUAGCCCCGUCACCUCUCCUCUCCAUCUCAAGAGUCCUCUGCCCACCAAGCCCUCUGUGUCUUACAUGGUUGCCGUAGCUCCUCCGACCCGUGAUCUGGAGCAGUACAUCACCAGUGUCAACAAUGGCCCUUCUCGUCCCUCUGAAGCUGAGCCCCGUGGAGCUGACAGGGAGAAAGUCAUGCAUGAGGUCGACAGCAUUCUGAAGGAGGGUCGUGACAAAGAGUCCCCCGGCGUGAAGCGUCUGAAGGAUAUUGUUCUCUAAACCAGUAUUGGGAAAGAAGAGAAAGAAACCACGCUGGCUAGCAAGGAUGCAGAAGCUGCUCAUUUUAAUUGCUCACUAACGGUUGGUUCUUGAGUGGCUAUAUUUCAGAGCUUUCCCUAAAUGUAUUGUUUAUAAAUGACUAUUAUUCUGCAGCAGUCCUUCUCUUUUCAGCAGGCAGCAGGGGUGUUCAAUUGGAGCAAAUUAGCUUUGUUUUGAGUUGUUCAUGGGGCCUUGAUGUUGGGGAAACAGAGAUAAAUUCAGUUGUGAAAAGUAUUAUGUAUUAAGUGUUUGAAUUUAUAUAUUUUUCUAUGUCAAACUUAUAAAUUAUCAUUGUUUGUGGAUGAUUACAUUUAAAAAAAGCAAAAAGCAAACAAAAAAAAGAGCUCUGGACACAUUUAAUAAGCUCGCUACUGUUUUUUUGUAGUGUAGACAAGUUAAUGGUCAUUUAUUGUGUACUAUUCAUUGAUUCAGUGAUGUGAAAUUGAGCCCCCAACAGGUUGUUUCUGAAGCUCGAGUACUUCCCAAUGCUGCUGUUUUGCUGUGGACACCCCUGUUUUAAGAACCCUUUUGCUAGCUGUGCUAUUGUUGUUUUUGAUAUUGCAAAUUGCUACGUGUGUGGUGAUGGCAAAAGGCCUUUAAGGAUUGGUGUUUUUCUUUCCUGUAAAAAUAAUAAAAGUACAGACAAACAUAAAGUUCAAACAACUGAGACAGCAAAUGAGUACGCAACACCACACAUAAAGAUUGAGUACUUGGAGGAUAUUCAGGUUUAUCAACCCAUGUAGUGAUUGCUCACCGCCUUGCAAAGUAUUUUUCCUGCCUUUCAGUCAUCUACCUGGGUCCGUGAUAGAUCAUUUCAGAAAGUCAUUUUUGGAUAUGCUGCUAUCUAAUUUGCAGUUGUCAGAAAUACUGUGCUGAAAGUUUUAUGAGAUCCAUUUUUCUAUUUUUCAGGCCCUGAACAGGGAAGUUGUUCCUGAAGUUAUCAGAUUUCAGGCUUAGAAAUUCCCUGUCUCCAGUCAUCUAAAACCUAAAAUGACUGAAUCUAUUUUGAGUUCUAAAUUAGCAUCUUUUUAGUCACAUACUUCCUGAUUCAGUGUUUCUCAGUCAUGAUUGGAAUUAGACUGUAAAAUACUUCGUGGACUAUAAUUGAGAACUCCAAGUUGCUCUGUAUCCUAGGCUUAUAAAUAAGAUAGAGUAAGUAGUACCAAGUGUACGUUUAAGAAAAGACAGAUAAGAGGUAAUAGCAUCAACUAAUCCAAUCCCUGUGCCUUCUAAAUGGAGACACUCAGACACUUGAACUUGUCUUUUUAUGACUAAUAUUUUUGAUUAAAAAUGUGAACAAGAAACUAUGAAAGCAAAAAUCCUUUAGAUUUAGCUAGUUCUUUUUGCUGUAGGCUAGGGAUGCAUCUUUUUAAAAUUAACAAAUUGCACAUUCUUUUUGUUGUUGUUUUAACAUUUUUCUAACUCGCAGUUUAUUGUUUUUCUAUUAAUAUUCACUGGCCGCCCUAGUAUUCUUGCAGCUUAAGAGUUCAUUUAUUUAAUGAUAAAGAAAUAUGUCACAUUUUCUCUAUCUUGGUCCUAAAUGGGUUGUUUCUAGAGAAAAAGUUUUGUGCUUUUUCUUCACAGUUAUUUCAUUUUUUGAAGUCCAAGGGUACCCAGAAAGAAGGUCUAGAGGUUAGAGCACUCAAAUGAAAAAGAGAAUUUAUUUUCUUAAGUUUAGCUGGAGAAGGUCAGCUCUUUUCAAUGUUUUAGUUAUUUUGACUUGAGUUCCUAGUACUGGGAAUACUUUCUUUUAUGGAAGGGGAAAGGGCAUUGAGGGAGGGGGGUGGUAUGACAGUGGGAUGGGGUUAGAUAGGAGAGAAUAUUUCUGAAAAAAAGAACUAUAAUGAAGUUACAAAUCCAUCAUUACUUCUUAUUCAGUGCUGAAUACUACCUCAUGCAAAAUAUUGGUGUGGCUGCAAAUUUUCUUCUAAAACUAACAAUUAGAGAUGAAUUAGCAUACUAUCUUCAUUUUGCUUCAUUUUAUUCUCAUAAACUUUCUCCUCUUCUAAUUUAUUUCAUUCUGGUAGUAGAUUCUGAGGUAGGUAUUUAUUUCUCUUUGCAAGUGACUAUUUGAUUAACAGAUUAAAAACAACAAAAAAAACCCUUUAAGUUAUGACAGCUGCCGAUAGAAUUCAGACUGUUUUACCAUGAUCCAUCUUGACAUUAUAUCAUUAGUUACCAUCUCAAGGUCACUUUGAAGUUAGACUUGACAGUUUCCAACAGGCGUAUUUCACGCUAUGAUCAGUGGGAAUGAGGGAGCCAGAAAGAUUGUGGCAAGUAGAUACAUUAAAUGUUAUGUAGCUGUUGAGCCAGGGAGGCCACUGGCUGCCAUGCCUCUUACUAAUCAAGUUUAAAAUACAGUAGAAGUGGCAUUGAUUUUGUUUUUUGGCUGAGUUUUUCUUCAGUUUUUUUCUCCCAAAUUCAGUUUCAGGUUGUAGACCCAUCUUUUUUUGCCCCUACCCAAAUAUUUUGUUCUCAAUGAGCAGUCAAAGUUUUUUGUUUGUUGCAUCCAAACACUCGACUGAACAUGUUCAGUGCACUCCUUUCGUUAAAAAAAUCUUGUUUCCCCCUCCAAUUGUCUUAUGUUUGUGUCCUUCCAGAAGCACAAGUGCAUCCUAGAAGGGCUUUGUAAGUUGCUUUUAAAGACAGGCAGUGCCUGCAAAUCAGAACUUUGUGCAAGGAUCCUUGAUCUCCCUUUGGCUCAUGUUUUUCCUUUUCUUUUAAACACAGCCAGUGGAAAGCCACAAGGGCCAAAGGGCCAAACAUUAUUUAUUUUCCUUCUCCUAACAUGUUACACACUUAAACAUCAGGGAACACAUUUCGUUUCUAAAUCCUAGGGAGUUCUCUCCAUUUAUUCCAGUGCUUCACAGUUUUGAAGUAUGCCAUACUUUACUAUCAAUUGUUUUCAGCAAUUCUCUGGGCAGAUAAACUUUUCCAUGCAACAUUAGGAGUUUAGUUUGCAUUGACUGAUUGCUUCCCCCCAUAUGGAAAUACACAAUAUCACAAGAAAGAGUGAAAAGAGCCAUGAUGCUUUGUAGAAUCUCUUUUACCUUUUGACUAUUCUAACUAAUUUAUGAACCUGUUUGCAAUGAAACCUAGCAUCCUUUGACCUCUUAAAACUGGUAGACUAAAUUAUGGUCCAUCUUAUUACUGAAAUAGGUAAUGAGCUAAGGGAUCCUGCAGAUCCUGCAGAGCAGUGGUUCUAAAAAUGCAGUCCCUGGAGCAUAAGCAAGACAAUCACUUGGGAACUUCUUAGAAAUACUAAUUCUUUGCAUCAGAAACCUGGGAAUGGAGCCCAACAAUCCAUAUGAAUCAGGUAUCAGAAAAAGUUUGGGGGCUCAUUUAACCCGGUUUGAUAGACUUUUUCCUUAGAGUUUCCGAUUCAGUUGGUCUGGCCUGCUUCUGUGCAUAUCUAAAAUAUCCCAGGUGAUGCUGAUAGGACCACACUUUGAGUAUCGCUUCUCCAGAGUUAACCUGCCUAAUAGAAUUUACGGCACCCAAGUUGUCCAUUUAAACAAAUUCCUUGACAUGGUGACCCAUUGACCAUUAAUGAAAAUGUUAAAGAAAAUAAAACCCAGAACUCUGAAAACUGGAACCACCCAGAAGAUAUCUUCCCAAUAAGUGUCACUUCAGUAUAUGAUUGACUGUAUGAGGGGAAUUUGGUUGACUUUUUUCUAUAUCCUCAUCGUAUUGAAAAGCAAACCAAAAAUGCUGUCCACUUGAAGCAGCAAAGACAAAGGACAGUUUGAGGAGAGGCAGGGAUAAAGGUGAUAGCUCAGUUGGGAAUCCAAGGUUAAAAAAAAAAAAAAAAAAAAAAGAUUAUUAUUGUACAUAGUAGUUCUGGCUAACAUUCCACUUCAUGGGGAUCAUUUUGGUGUUGAAUGUUCCCCACGGCAUCCUGACAAGUCUGGUCCACUUGGCUCUUUACCCAGGGUAAUAAGACUCUCAUGGACUUCGAAAAUCUGGCAUAAAUGAGCUUAAGUCCAUUGUAUACAGUCCUAGUGUUUGCCUUCUUGGUAAAAUUACAUUUAAGAAUGUCAUUUCAUGAGUCAAUUUGUAUCUGCUGACACUGAAGUGUAUUGCGAUAUUGUUCUUUAGUUUAAGUAUGUAACAAAGUAAUAUUCAAAGGGGAUGUGUGGGGGUGGGGCUGGGACCGGGUGGCUUUAUAUUGAUAAUGAAGUAUUCCAGAGCAAAACACAUUGUCCUAAUGAAGUUGUUGCAGCUCUCUUUGUUUUCUUGUGAAGCUGGAAUUGGCCUGUGGGUCACUUGUUGUGCAAAAGUGAAUUAAUUUCAACUAGGAAUCGUGUUGCUUUUGUAAAACAAAGAAAAUCAACCACCUUGUCUGAAAUAAAUAUUGCAAGAUGCUCUUGGUGAAGAACAACCCACAAACACCUGAUCUUGAUUGGAAAGCAUUGUAGGUCAUUAGGAAAACAGAUGAUGCUGACUGUUGCUCCAGCUGUGUUGGCAAUUACAGAUGACCUUGUUACUAACUAAAAGUUGCUGUAAACUUUAGUAAACAAAUCAGCCAACACCAUUGCAGCACUGGUUAGGUAGACUUUCACUGGCACUGGCUGGCAUUCAGCUGAUGAAGGCUAGGAUACUGACUUUAAUGACCAAGAGCCAGACUAGCUUAAGCUAGAAAUUCAGCAACAAAUACCUCCUGUGCUAUUUGAAUGCUAAGGUAUUAGUUGCAAAAGGCUUGUUAUGCCUUCGCUCCUCUAGUGAGGGGAAUGAGCCUGAUGACACUAUUAUUGUUUACCUGUCAAACCAGGGUGGAAAUUUAGAGGGAUGCAAGUAGAGUACAUCUCAUUAAGGAGUUUCUGUUGCUGACUAGAUGAAGAUGAAAUUGUUGUAUAUGCGGAUCUGUAUUUUAUGUACAUUUUCACAGUGAUUGAAUCAUUGUAAAAGAAAAAAGUUAAAAAAGAUUCACAACUUUGUCUAUUUUAUGAAGAUGAUAAAGCAGCUUUAUUAAAUUAUUACAGUUAUGUUUUAAAUGGUGUUAUCUGCCACAUUGUUACUUUUUAUCUGGUGGUUCUCUGUUUCUCCCCUAAAUGUGUUUUCUCUGCUUCAAAAUUUAAUGCAUUUUAGUAUUAAAGGCUAUUGUGGAAAAAUUA